AUGGAAAGAGGUGUGAAAGUUAUUUCCGGAUCCGGCAAUGCUAAUGCAUCAUUUACUCGUCAAUCAAUGCAAUUAUCCGAAUCUCGGCCUAUUUAUCAUAAAUAUUCCACAAUUUGUUAUGGUUCUUCCGGUUUUAAUAACACAAACAACAAUAACAACAACAACAACAACAACAACAACGACCGGAAAUUUGAUUUUACAUCAAAGAUGUCAACAAUCAAUUCAAAACAAAACAACAAAAUUGGAAACAUUACGAAACAAUUGAAUAAGUGGAAAAUUAUUGCUCAAAAUGCUUGA